AUGGACAUACCUAUCAAGGCAGCCAAUGUUCUGUGGCUCUCGAGACCAAGGACAAUAUCUUUGAAAAUACUCUCAAAAUUCCAUCGCCAUCCCAAAGGCAUGGAAGAAGAUUGGGCUGCGUGCAACUUGGAGUCCCCACUGAUGUACGAGGUCUGCGCACCACAGCAGGGCAGCACCAGCGGCGGCUGGAGAGGCGGCCUGGGGAGCUCCAUCACAGCGUGUAAGAAGGUUCUUCGAAGCAACAGUCUGCUAGAGUCUACAGACUACUGGUUACAGAAUCAGAGGACGCCGUGCCAGAUUGGUUUUGUGGAAGACAAGUCUGAAAACUGCGCUUCCGUGUGCUUCGUGAACCUGGAUGUGAACAAGGAUGCGUGCAGCACGGAGCACCUGCAGCAGAAAUUGGUCAACGUUUCACCAGAUCUUCCAAAACUUAUCAGCUCCAUGAAUGUCCAGCAGCCAAAAGAAAAUGAAAUUGUUCUUCUAAGUGGGUUAACAUCCGGAAAUCUCCAGGCAGAUUUUGAAGUUUCACAGUGUCCUUGGCUGCCAGAUAUCUGCUUGGUCCAGUGUGCGAGAGGGAACAGGGCAAACAGUACCAACUGCAUCAUCUUUGAAAUCAACAAAUUUUUGAUCGGUCUGGAACUGGUGCAGGAACGGCAGCUCCAGCUGGAAACAAACAUCCUGAAGGUGGAAGAUGACACAAACUGUUCCCUGUCUUCAAUUGAAGAAGACUUUCUCACCGCAUCGGAGCACCUGGAGGAGGAAACUGAGGGGGAAGAAUACAGGAAUGGUUAUGAAAAUAUAAAUGCCUCCACUCAUGUUUUGGAAAGUAAAAAACCAAAGGAAGUCACUCAGGAGGAAUGGAAUGACAACAAGAAAAAGUUGCUUUAUCCUUCGGAAGACAAAUGCAUUAGCAGAUCUCAUACCACGUUGAUUAAAGCAGAAGGAUCUCUGGAAAAAGUAGAAGGCACCAUUUUACAGAGCCUCGAUUCAUCAGCCGAGCCAUCAGAGUGGACAGGCAAAGCUGUGCAGAAUGAGAAGCCAGCCAGAAAUUACUGUUACUCAGAAAGUUUUAAAGGGCAUGUGGAAAAGUCACAGGCACCAUAUAUUCCAGGGGAUGUUCAUUUCCCUGGGAUGGUUAAGAAAGGUGGGCCUUCCGUGCACGGUACCCUCACUGAGCAUGGCAGCAGCUUAGACCCAGGGGACCCUGAAGAUGGCACAAACUCUCUUCCUCCCCACCAAGAUGGAGAAGUCACCGCUGGGGAGUAUGCCACAAAUUUAGCAGAAUCCGUGCUACAGGAUGCGUUUAUUCGGUUAUCUCAGUCGCAGCCUACGCCACCCCAGGAAUCUGCAGUCGGUGUUUCUGUAGGGAGCGGUCUGCUACCCAGUGGCUGUUCCACAAAAGGUAUGGUGGUCCCGCGGUCAUGGAAUGAGCUCCCCAAAAUCGUCAUCGUUCAGAGUCCAGAUGGCAGCGAUGCUGCCCCUGAGGCAGGCAUCUCCUCGUGGCCUGAGAUGGAAGUCUCUGUUGAAACCUCAGGGGUCCUCUCUGGAGAGAACUCCGGCAGACACCCUCAGAGCGCUCUGGAAGUUGCGUUAGCUUGCGCGGCCACUGUGAUUGGAACUAUUUCCAGUCCACAGGCCACAGAGAGACUUAAAAUGGAGCAAGAAUCUUUGGUUUCACCCCGUCCACUGGGAGGUGACCACCUGCAAAGUCAAAUAUCCCAAGUCCUCAAGGAACCUUCUGUCAGCGAAUACUCCUUUCCAUCUGCCUUGUGUGGCAUGACCCAGGUGGCGAGCGCCAUUGCUGUUUGUGGCCUCGGCGAAUCGGAAGAGGCGAAGGCUCCGAGUGGCCUCUCGUGUGCAGCUGAGGCUCAUGCAGCAGUCCCCCCACUCUGCGGUUUGGCGACAGGGAGCAGCAUGGAGCUGGGAAGCGAGGCCAUCGCACAGGUAUUACUCCAGGAGGCUGCACUGGUUUUAACAAGGCCCGACGCCCACAGCAGCAUUGGAGACCUCAUGGAAUCAGUGAGCAGGAGAAUCCUAGAAACGGCUUCAAAGCCUCAGACCCUGUAUUCAGAAAACGUCCUCAGGAAUGAGCUGGCACAGACCCUCUCCAAUGUUAUUCUGGAGCAUUCCAUUGAUGAAGCUCUCCAGAGAAACAGAACAAUUGAUCCCAAUGUUAGCAGACAUUCAUCUGAGACUCUUGAGACCUUGAUGGAAAGUACAAACCAACUGCUCUUCAGCGUGAUAUGCUUCACAUUCAAGAAGAUGAGGCAUUUUGUACAGCUUGGUGAAUGGCCCACUGUCCUUGCUAAUGAGACCAUCAGAUGGAGGGAAACGGACUUAGGCUGCCAGCCACCUGAUCAGGCUGCUAGUCUAGCGUGGACAAGAGCCACCGAACAUUCCAGCGGCCAGCCACUUGGUGGCAAUCCACAGAGUACCAGUCUUGUUACCAAUGAUCUUCUAGAUGACAUUUAUCUGAAGCAAGAUAGGAGGGGCCCAGCAAAGCCAGGCCUCUUCAAGAGUCCCACGCUGCAGUCUGAAUUGCCCUGUAGUCCCAGGGGGCCAGAUUCUUCACCUGCUAAAACACCCCCCAAGGAAAUAGAUCUAAAAGUAACAGUGGGAGAAGAUCCAGACAAGCCUCAUCAGACACCCAGUUACAAUGAGAAUGAGUUCAGAACCUCUUCAGAGAGAGAGAGGACGCUCACAGUGGGCAAGUACAGCAGAGGUUCCCAGGAUGCCAAGGACAGUGUCAGUAUAAACGCCCAGGAGAAGUAUAAUCAUACCUCACGUCUGAACAGUGAAAUUCAAGUUAACCUGUCUUUGUUAGGGAAUGACUUCCCCCUUCCUGCUCAAUCCGCGCUACAGGCAAAACAUGCAGACCUAUACUGCAUUACAGACUUUGCGGAAGAAUUAGCAGAGAUGAUUGUCUCCAUGGCAACCGAAAUUGCAGCAAUUUGCCUUGACAACUCCAAUGGAAAACAACCCUGGUUUUGUGCAUGGAAAAGAGGGAAUGAGUUUCUGGUUACCCCGAACGUAUCCUGCCGAUCCUUGAAGAGGAAGAAGGAAAGCCAGACCAGCGGGGCCACAGUGAGGAAGCACAAACCACCACGGCUCAGCGAGAUCAAGAGGAAAACGGAUGAGCACCCGGAGCUUAAAGAGAAGCUGAUGAACAGGGUGGUGGACGAGUCCGUGAACCUCGAGGACAUCCCGGAUUCGGUCAGUGUUUUUGCAGACGAAGUGGCAGCCAAGAUCAUGAACCUAACAGAGUUCUCCGUGGUGGACGGCGUCUGGCAAGCCCAGAGCUAUCCACGGAACCGGUUACUCAGUGGAGACAGGUGGAACCGGCUGCAGGCUUCCAGCUGUGAAAGCAUUCCAGAGGAGGACUCCAAUGCCAGGGCCUACGUAAAUAGCCUGGGUUUCAUGAGUACCCUAAGUCAGCCAGUUAGCAGGGCCAGCUCUGUCUCCAAGCAGUCCAGCUGCGAGAGCAUCACUGAGGAGUUUUCCAGGUUCAUGGUGAACCAGAUGGAAAAUGAAGGAAGAGGGUUUGAGUUAUUGCUGGAUUACUAUGCAGGCAAGAAUGCCAGCAGCAUCCUGAAUUCAGCCGUGCAACAGGCGUGCCGUAAAAAUGAGCACCUCAGCGUGAGGCCAAGCUGUCCCUCUAAGCAGUCCAGCACCGAGAGCAUAACAGAGGAAUUCUACAGGUACAUGCUGAGGGACAUCGAAAGAGAAAACAAGGACAGCACGUCCUCCAGACGAAGCAGCCAGGAUUGGACAGUUGGCCUACUGUCACCUUCUCUGCGAUCCCCCUUGUGUUACAGACAGUCAUCCAUGCCAGAUAGCAGACCCCUGGGUGCCAGGCUAACGGUGAACGCGCCCAUCAAAGCCAGCUCCUUAGAUGGCUUUACUCAAAACAGCCAGCAAGAUUUCCUAAGUGUACAUCCGGUCAGUAGCACUUCCUCAUCCGGUCUCUGCAAAUCUGACUCUUGCUUGUAUCGGAGAGGUGGAACCGACCAGAUCACCAACAUGUUAAUUCACGAGACGUGGGCAAACUCCAUCAAGGCCCUCAUGCGAAAGAACAAAAUUAUAGCGGAUGAUGCUGAGGCAGCUGAGCCUGUUCCCGGUGGCUCUCCCAGGCAAACGGAGAGAUGUGCAAACAGAUCAUCUUCGAGCAGGGCGCAAAGUGGGCCCGCUCUUCUGGCGCAGGAGUCCAUCGAUGACCCGAGGAAAGACUCCAUUACCGAAAGCAAGCAUCCCCCAGUGUCGGCUCGGAGCAAAGCUUUUCCUCUUACAAACCACAACGGUUUAGCUUCUAAAAAGGAAACGUCUUCAUGCCAUGGGUCUGUCCCUGUAAGCCACAGCAGGCGGUCCCUGUGCACCAGGGAUGUACCUUUAAUUCAAAUUGAAACAGAUCAGAGAGAAGAGUGUGUUGGAGAACCUGAACACUUCUCUUCCAAAAGCAGCCCCCUAGAGGAAGCAGAGGAGCAUUUGAAAGAUGGAAAAGUCCCCCAUGUGGCGAGGGAUGGAGACACUGCCGAGAGUGCCUGCCAAAACCCCAGUGCCGGCCUUGAGGUAGCAGAGGCGGAGGUGUCCGCAGAAGGCAGAGCCCCCGAUGAGUUUCCCAACCUUCCCAGCAGCAGUGGGGAGAGCACGGACAGCUGGUCCCAGCUCACCAACGAGGAGGACAAUCCGCAUGAUACCAGUAGCUUUCUUCAGCUCAGCGAGCGAUCCAUGAGCAAUGGCAACAGUAGUGCCACUAGCAGUCUUGGCACUGUGGACCUGGACAUUUAUCAGGAAAGCAUGCCAUCUUCUCCCAUGAUUAAUGAAUUAGUAGAAGAAAAGGAGACUCUUAAAGGACAGUCAGAAAACGUAGAGGAAGGCGCCUCUGGAGUGCAGGUGGGAGCGGCCAGCCCCCAGGGGAGCCUGCUGGUGAUCAACUUUGACCUGGAGCCAGAGUGCCCUGACGCUGAGCUUCGAGCCACUCUGCAGUGGAUAGCAGCCUCUGAACUCGGGAUCCCCACCAUCUACUUUAAGAAAUCUCAGGAAAACAGAAUCGAAAAGUUUCUAGAUGUCGUGCGGCUGGUUCAGCAGAAGUCUUGGAAAGUGGGAGACAUCUUUCACGCGGUUGUUCAGUACUGCAAAAUGCAUGAGGAGCAGAAGGAGGGGACCCCGAGUCUCUUUGACUGGCUCUUGGGACUGGGAUAGGGCAGCAAUGCCUUUAGAAUAUUCCUUCCCUUUUUCCCAGCUUAGAUUACAGUGGUUUGCUCGAAAUGCUCUAAACCUCCUCAAAACAUCCCAUCACAUUAGCAGAGCUAUACAAAAUCUGCUGUUCAAGUCUGCUGCAGAUCGAAUAAAUCUGAGGAAAAGCCAAACAUAGAUCGGUACAAAUCAAGGCAACCUGUGAGCGAGUCCAAAAAAAGCUUGUAUUAGAACCACUGGAAAAGCAGAAAUUUUAAUGGGCCCCAAACGAAAAGCUUUUAACUCGGCCCAAACUCCA